AUGGUUCAGCCUGUCAAGCCUAGCGUUCAAACCAUCCCAGCUUCAUCACCUAUCCAGGAGAUCUUGGAGAUCUUACAUCGAGAUGGUGUGAUCGUCUUGUCGGACUAUGCAACGGAAGAAGAGAUCGAUGCUCUUAAUGCAAAAGCUGCACCUCACUUUGACAAGGCCGCAAGAGAGUUUAAGCCCGAUGACAAGUUCAAGGGUUUCCGGGCUUCGAAUACGACUGUCUUUUACGAUUUGAUAGGUGCAGUUCCGGAGGAUACCUCCAAAUUGUUGCAGAGGAAAGUCUGGCAUCAAGUUAUGGAAGAGUUCUUGUCACCCGAAACAUGGGAGUGGUACGGCGAGAAGAAAGAGGUUAGGAAGGGUAGCUACUGGUUACAUACCUCGAUCGCAUACAAGGUGGGACCAGGAGCAGGUAAUCAAGUUUUACACAGAGAUUCCAACUCCUCUAUGGUCCAGCGAACAGGUCCUGAGACACCAGCCACCAUGGUAUCAACAUUCGUUGCUGGUGUGGAUGUAACAGCUCAGAACGGAGGCACCCAUGUUAUUCCAGGAUCACAUCUCUGGCCUCAGGACAGGGCUCCUAAGCAGGAGGACUGCUGUAUCGUCGAGAUGAAGAAAGGGUCAUUGGGUAUCUGGCUCGGAAACAUCUUCCACGGCGCUGGCUCUAACACCUGUUCACCCACUGACCCUAACGCUUUCCGAAUCAUCUACGGUCUAUUUGCGACCAGCGACAAUUUCCGACAAGGUGAAAAUACCGUGUUAGCUUGUAAACCAGAGGAAUACAUGAAAAUGACACCUGAUGUUCUCAGAGUGUUGGGUUUCUAUAAAGGUUCUUCCGGGACAGGUGCACUCGGCGGUAAAGAUCCGAUCAAAACCUGGAAACCACUUGAAGGCUAUAACGGUGGCGAAUGGAUUUACCAAGAGAAGAAACAGUGA